AUGACUGACCGAGACGGCAGCACGGCAUUGAUGUGGGCAUCACUCAGAGGUCACGAGAAGGUGGUGCAGAUGCUGCUGGACCGGGGCGCCGAGGUCAAUGCUCAAGGUGGAUACUAUGGCAACCCACUGCAGGUGGCAUCAUUACGAGGUGACGAGAAGGUGGUGCAGAUGCUGCUGGACCGGGGCGCCGAGGUCAAUGCUCAAGGUGGAGGGUAUGGCAACGCACUACAGGCGGCAUCAUCUAGAGGUCACGAGAAGGUGGUGCAGAUACUGUUGGACCGGGGCGCCGAGAUCAACGCUCAAGGUGAGUUAUAUGGCAACCCACUACAGGUGGCAUCAGAGGGAGGACACGAGAAGGUGGUGCAGAUUUUGCGGAAACGAAAACAUCCAACCAUUGUGGACAUGUAG